CAACCACUAACUAAUGAUUGAUCAAAGACGAAAACACCCCUGUUGACCCAAAAUGGCAUGUGUUAGCCACAAGCCAAAUAGCUCUUGGGUUGGUGUUGGUACACUCCAGUUUGGGUUUUCAAAACUAUAUUUUGGUGUAGUUAUUUAGGAUUUGCAAAACUCGGCAUAAUUCAAAUAACCUGUUUUUCCCCCCUUAGAACACUUCAGUUAUGGAGGAUCAAAAUGAAGAUGAGUCCCCAAAGAAAAAUACUCUUUGGCAGAUAAGUAAUGGAACAUCAUCAGUGAUCGUCUCCAGAAAGAGGCCAUCAGAAGGAAACUAUCAAAAAGAAAAAGACUUGUGUAUUAAAUAUUUUGACCAGUGGUCUGAAUCAGAUCAAGUGGAAUUUGUGGAACACCUUAUUUCACGAAUGUGUCAUUACCAGCAUGGACAUAUUAACUCUUACCUGAAGCCCAUGUUGCAGCGGGACUUUAUUACCGCUUUACCAGAGCAAGGUUUAGAUCACAUAGCAGAAAACAUUCUUUCCUACCUGGAUGCCAGGUCUCUGUGUGCAGCAGAGCUGGUAUGUAAGGAAUGGCAGCGAGUGAUCUCCGAAGGAAUGCUUUGGAAGAAGUUGAUUGAACGAAUGGUGCGCACUGACCCUCUAUGGAAGGGACUUUCAGAAAGAAGAGGGUGGGAUCAGUACCUGUUUAAAAACAGACCAACAGAUGGCCCUCCCAAUUCAUUUUAUAGGUCAUUAUACCCAAAGAUUAUCCAGGAUAUAGAGGUAAUUUUAUGAUUUAUCUGUUUUAUG